AUGGGCCGAAUGGCCGAUGUGAAGACAAACGGCCAUGUCGUUUGGGAUCUCACCUCGCCGGGCUCCAAUGAUGAGAGAACCGAUUAUUUUUCUCUCGGGGAUUCGCUCCCGCCAUUUUCUCUCCUCACCUCAGACGAGGACCGGGAAAGGAAAGCAGAGGCAUUUAGUCCCGGCACGUACCAUGUCGUCAUGACACCCGACAGUUUCUCCUCGCUGCCAGAAUAUGCAGACGAUGCGGCUGAGAAACCUAGAUCAAACCCCAUCAGCGAUUGUAGGAAAUCAGCGGCCCCCAGUCCUACUAGGACCGAGUGCAAGAUCAAACGCGAAGACCCCAAUGUAGUGAUCUUGAAGACUUUCGAGGAUGUUACUCGUCGCUCACCGUCCAGUGGAAAGAUCUCGAGGAUUUCUCCAAGUUCCGAGAUCUCGGAUCCAUUCUGCAAUCUGUCUCUGUCUCCGGGUUUCACGUCGCUCCCCUCGCCAGAUGUCAAGGUUGAGGAAAUCUCAUUCUUGGACCCGCGCCUUGAUCAGCAAAGUCAAGAUUCUACUCUCUUUACUCACUUCCGUCAUGUCGUAUGGAGGCAAUUGUUCCCUCAUGACUACCGGCUGGAUGAUUCUUCUGGAUCGGAUAAGCAUUUCAUGACACUCAGCGCGGACUUCCUAGAGCAGGAAGCCACUCAUUUCCCUGCUCUUUCUCACGCUAUGAUGGCCGUAUCGGCCCUUAGUCUCUCGCACAGCGGCACAGGUCACAAUGUCGAUGCGCUCCAAUACUACCAACAGGCUUUCCCUUCCCUCCAGGUUAGCCUGCGGAAUAAUGAUGAUCUUGUUUCCGAUGGGCUGUUUCUCACUCACUUCCUCCUCCUAAUUUACGAGAUCGCCGCUGCGGAACCACAUGGCUCAAAUCUUUGGUCUCAUCAUAUCUCUCGUCUCCUCCACAUCGCCUUCCUUCGACGGGACAAAUAUGGCCAGGAACCCCACCCAUUCAUCCUCUGGUGGGUAUGCCACAUCGACUUGUACGCCCUGUUAAGUGGGGCAGGAACGGGAGAAUUUGUACGAGCCGUCAUCGAGCACCAGAUGCUUCCUGGGUCCGAAUGUCUUCUCUAUCCUUCUGCGCCAGAGGGCUACAGUGUGAUUUACUCCGAUGAGCAUGAAAGCUUACCGGUGAUCAUGCGCCUAUAUCACGACACAUUCCGGUUAGCUGCUCAACUAGGCAUCUUAGCUACUCGACUUCGCCAAGAUAAACAGAAUUUGCCAUUCGCAGAGUUCAACCCGCGAUCACGAGAAGUGACCGAUCUGCGCCAGGCUCUCGGCCGAUUAUGGGAAUCGCCUGAUGUCGCCUUUUUACAUCAACACCAGGAUAGCCUUCCGCGACGGUCUCAGGAAAUCUUGCAGCAGUCGGCAACAUUGUACCAUGCUUGCCAACUCUUCUCCUACAGCAGCAUGUGGCCCGGGCAACGUGUCGGGUCAGAGUUCUCCCCGGAUACUGAAAUCGACCACCACGCAUCCGAAAUCUUGCGCUUGGCCGAGCGUACUACAAACACUCGGCGAGCUGACCGACACUUCCUGGUAUUCCCGCUAUUCCUGGCGGGUGCUACGGCGUCAGCAAGCGGGCUCAAGAUGAUGGCAAUGGAGUUGAUGACGAGCAUGGAAGAUGAGGAAGACGGCAUGGGCCGCAACACAGCGACGACUCGUGCUAUUCUCCAGAUCGUCUAUGAGCGGCAGUUAGAGCGACUCAGGCGCGUGGGCCAUACAUUCGAUGUGGAUUGGUCGGAUCUGAUGACCCAGGAGGGUCUGCAGAUGGUCAAUUUCGGGUUUUGA